AUGUCGCUCACCCUCAAAAUCUCCUCCUUGGUGAUUCGUACCCUAUCUAAGCCGAUCGCCAAUCAAAUCAAAGCUCAAGCCCGCGAACAUGAGCGUUUCCGCAACGUCUGCGUCUCAAUGGCGCAAGCCCUUCACCGAUUCGAUAUGCGCCUCCGGCUAGGCUCCAUCCGCGACACUACUGCGUCCCGGAAACAGGCUGCCGCCGAAGCUGAAGCCAAGCGGCACGUUCCCAAGAAGCCCACGGUCAAAACGGAGGCCGCGACAAAAGCCGAGCAAGAAGCAUUGGAUAAAGCCAAGGCUGCCGCGGAGGAGGCUGCGAAACCACAACAUUAUAGAAUUCGACCCCUGUCCGAGUCCAAAGCUAUCGAGUCUGGUGCCAACUUCAUUAGUGAGACCUUCCUCUUCCUCGUGGCUGGCGGAUUGAUUGUGUUUGAAUCCUGGCGAUCGCGCCAGAAGGAAAGCACCCGCCGAGAAGGCGUCGAAGACCGGCUCGUCGCAUUGGAGAAGAAGCUCUCGCUCUACGAGGAGAAGCAUGGAAAGCUGGAUGUUGAGCAAGAGGAACAAAAGCCCCGAGCCGAAGAGAGCCUAUGGACAAGGCUCACCUCUUAUAUCUCCUUUGGACAGGAGCCUUCACUCUCUCAGCAAAACACGGCAGCAGCAAUGGGGAGUCCAAAGGAGUCACCGCAGACAAAUGACUCGAAAACUGGUGUGCCAAAGCCCGCAGAACAACCGACUCCAACCCCGGCUCCCCAACAAGAAUCUUCGACUCAGAAGUCUUGA